UGCAACCUUUGCAAAAACUUUUCGUUACGACAUUCUUAACAAGUUAUUAACAAAAAAUAUUGGUUAAUUACGGAGCAAAUAGACUAGUUGAACUAUGAUGAUAGUGUUCGUUAUGUGCAUCAGUUUAAAUACAAAUAAGUUAAAGUAACACAAAUAAAAAAACAGAAAAGAAAGAAAGUUCAUAUAAUUUACUGCUAUUUAAAAAAUUCAAUAGUAUAAAAAUCUUAAAAAAAAAUUGGAGGGGAGAAUAAUAGAAGAGAAAGGGAAUAUGAAAGUGAUUGGGAAAACAAGAAAGAUUACUGACAAAUUUAACAGAGAAUUGUUGUUCUUCUAUCAUCAGAAACACAAAAUGUGUUUUAAAUUAUUUCUGUUAAUGAGUAUAAUGAUGACCAAUGUUUCACGGGCCAAAGAUCAGCAAUUUUACAAAGAAAAUCAACUAUUGUUAAAUGACAAUAUAAAACCAAUACUAAAGAAAAAUAAUGAACAAUUAUUAGAAACAAGUAAAGAUGUUAAAACUACAAUAAAUAAAUAUAUAAAAAUAAAAAAAGAAGAAAAUAUUGAUCCUUGGAAAUUUUUAGAACAUAGAGAUCGAAUACAAUUUCAAAUAGAAGGCUAUGAUGGACCACAAACAUAUAUUUUUGGAUUUGAUACUGGAUAUGGAAAUAAUAGACAAUAUAGAUUGGAAGAAAAACAUCGUAAUGGUACAAUAAAAGGACAAUAUGGUUAUUAUGAUGCGAAAGGAAAAUUAAAGAAAAUUCGAUAUUUAGCUACACCUUUUAAAGGAUAUACUGAAAUACAUCAUGAAAGUAAUAUACAAAAGAGAAAAAAUUAAGAAAUUAUUCAUUCUUUUCAAUUAUAUAAUACUUCAAGAUCUUAAAUUUUAUAUAUUUUAUAAUAUAAAUAAAACAAUUCGCUUCUAAUAAAAAUUAAUAAAAUCAAUAAAUCAAUAAAAUAAGAUUAAAAAGAACUGAAUAAUUGAAGAAUUUUUUCUCUAUAACUUUAUGUAUAAUGGAAACUAAAAAUUGAAUAUUGUAGAAAUUAAAAAAAACAAUUUAUAGAUUAAAUCAUUUAUUUGGCAAUAGCAACAACUAUACAAAAAAAACAAAAAUCAAAGUUAAAGAUAAAUAUGUUAAUAUCAAGAAGAUUAUUAAGAAAAUAUAUAUAUCCGCGCGUUCACGCGCGUGCGCGUGUGUGUAUGUAUACGUAUAUAUAUUUUUAUACAUGAAAUCAAAUCUCGAAAUCUGUUAUAUUCGAUCCAAUUAAAUGAAAUUAAUUUCAUUGAAAAAAUUUUUAUAACAUAUAUUAGUUUUCGUAAAAAAAUAAGAAAAAAAUAAAAUUUUUUGAUUUAAAAUUUAAUCAUAUAUAUAUAAUCAUGCAUAUAUAUCUAUUAUGCAUGAAAUUAUGAUUAAAAUAUGACUUUAAGUACGAAAUGCAAUGUCUAUCUUGUUUAUAUAAUAUUUACAUCAUAAUCCAGAGAUUCUAAAUGCAAUUGAAAUUGAAAUAAUAUUUUAUUAGAAAUAUUUUAUUAUUAACAAUAUUAUCGAAAACGAUGUAUUUGUUUUUGUACAUAAUUUUAUUCUAUAUUUCUUGCUAUUUUUUCAGAAAAAAUCAAUUUUCUGUCAGCUUGAUAUGUGAUUGCACCUUAUAUAUAAAACGAUAUAUAAAUUUAAUCUUAAGAUUAAAUGAAAUCUUUUUAUAUAAAACUAAAUACUAUUUCUCUUUUUUCAAAUAUAUUAAAUAUGUUAUAUAUUUAUAAACACAUAUAAAUGUAAUAUAAUAUAAUAAAUGUAUUAAUUUCAA